UCUAGCGCCCCUUCAGUCCCCAAGACCGUGACCCUUUACUCUACUAAGGUCGAUACCAUCACAAGCUGCGCCGCGGACGUUACGAACUGCCCUGCCCGCUCCACAAUUGAGUCUACUUCGCUCAUCGCCACUGCUGUUGCUGCAAUUCCUUCGUCCGCAGAGAUCACUUCGGCCCCUGCUGCACCUAAGACUUUGACCAUCUACUCCUCGGUUGUUGCUACUAUCACUAGCUGCGCAGCAGACGUCACGAACUGCCCCGCCUCAUCGACUGUCAAGAGCACCUCGUUCUACGCUGUAGGCACCACCGUCUCAAGCGAGUCGGUCCCUGCCGUCACUGGACCUUCCGAGGUUGCACCUGCAACUACCACCCCUGCAGUCGUCCCCAGCUCCACUCAGCCCAUGACCACCAUCACCUACUCCUCGGUCAUGACUGUCCCUGCUACCUACACU